AUGUCUUUUGCUAUGGUGCGACCAACUCCAGGUCACUUCCUGUGCUCUGAGAUCAGCAUGCUCUCCGAGGACGAUGACAAUGGCAGUGAGGGCUCUGGAUCUGACGACAAAUCCUUCCGCAUGGCUGGCAACGGCUACAACACCUUUAAGUUGGGUGCUCGCAAAAAGAGGUACAGCUGCCGAUCAGUAGCGAUUCCCACAGAUUUCCGUCCCCAGAUUACUGAAGUGCGACAGCGGAACGCAGCAAACGCUCGAGAGCGGGAUCGCACAAAUAGCGUGAAUACAGCUUUCACCGCUUUAAGGACACUGAUACCUACUGAGCCAGCCGACCGGAAACUGUCCAAGAUUGAAACGUUACGGCUGGCCUCCAGCUAUAUUUCUCACCUGGGGAACAUUCUGCUGGUUGGAGAGGAGUGUGGAGACGGCCAGCCCUGUCUCAGGAGCUCUGGAGCCUUGUAUCAUCACCAUCACAACCUCCAGAAGAGCACAACGCCUAGCCCAGACUCAGAGAAUUCCCAGCCCAGACAAAUCUGCACCUUCUGCCUCAGUAACCAGAGACGCCUGAACAAAGACAGAGACAGAAAAACAGCAUUAAGAAGUUAA